UAGAAGUUUGACAUACACGUUAAAAAUAAAAAUAUAUUGCUAAAGUGUUAGAAUUCUCUCAAAAGUAAAUUAAAAGUAUUGAACGAAUUAAAGGGUAUACUAAGCUACAAAAUUACGGAAGGCUUGGAAAAGUACUUGUAAUGAGUUCCUUCGACCAUGCUAAUUAUUAAUGCAUAUAUGUGUCUUUCUUUUGCGCAUUAAUUUCUUUUAUAAUUAUUAAAUUCUAGGACUCCUUGAAUCUAAAAAUAGUUUAAAAGGUUGCGUGUACCACGGUUUUACUCAUACUUAAAAAAUGAAAGUGAUCCGAGACAAACACACUGAGAAAAUUUAGUUUAGAUCACUUUAUCAUAUAAUAAGUUAAAUAGAGUGAUGAGAUUUAUGCAACUUUACGAAUUUUAAGACAAGGUAUUCACAUUCGGAUUAUUUUUCACAUAUACUAAUUUACCAAUUAGAAUUUUAAAACGUGCUUUGGCAGUAUUUGUGAGCCAGGAAAAUGAGGAAAAAACAUCCACUUUAGAAACUACUUCAACUUCAUUUGAAAUUUGUAAUAUUGUUUGUGGUGUAUACGCAUCUGUGUAAAGAUAAUAAAAAUGGGCGAAGGGAGCAAGGUAUGUGUGACAGGAGGCACUGGUUACAUUGGUUCAUGGCUCAUCAAGAAGCUACUGGCCAAGGGUUAUACUGUUCAUGCAACUCUCAGAGAUUUCAAGAACGAGUCAAAGGUAGGGCUGUUAAAGAGCCUUCCUCAUGCAGAAGGCAAACUGGUUCUGUUUGAAGCUGAUAUUUACGACCCAAUUCAAUUUGAUCCUGCAAUUCAAGGAUGUGAGUGUGUGUUUCAUGUUGCUACUCCCUUCAUCCACGAACCAGGUUCAUCUCAGCAGUACAGGGAUAUUACGGAAGCAGCAGUUGCAGGUGCGAAAAGCAUUGCCCUGUCAUGUGUGAGAUCAGGGACGGUGAAGCGUAUGAUCUACACUGCUUCUGUUGUAUCAGCCUCUCCGCUGAAAGAAGAUGGGAGUGAUUUCAAAGAUGUAAUGGAUGAAACUUGCUGGACUCCUCUCAAUGAUUCCUUGGACUAUGUAUUCCCUGAUCCUUAUUACAAGGACUAUGCUUAUUCAAAAACGCUGUCUGAGAAACAUCUGUUGAGCUAUGGGAAUGAUGAAAAUGGUGGAAGAAAAUUGGAGGUAGUAACUCUCCCUUGCGGACUAGUGGGAGGUGACACCCUCGUAUCUUCCACACUCGGUAGCAGGGUAGUUUGUAUUGCACAGAUCGUGCAAAAUAAAAUAGCCUACACAGCACUCAAGUUCCUAGAGGGAUUACUGGGUAAAAUUCCUCUUGCACACAUUGAUGAUGUAUGUGAAGCUCAUAUUUUCUGCAUGGAAAGCACCUCCAUCAGUGGAAGAUUCUUGUGUGCCAGUUCUUACAUUUCUUUACAAGAGAUGGCUAACCAUUACGCUCGUUAUUAUCCAGAAUUCAAUGUGAAACAAGAAGAUGAAAAUGGGCAGAGGAAGCAUAUCAAGUGGACCUCAACAAAGCUGUGUGACAAAGGAUUUGUUUUCAAAUAUGAUGCGAAGAUGAUAUUGUAUGAUUGUAUCAAAUGUGCAAGAAGGAUGGGUGAACUCUAGUCUCCAUCUUGUGCUGUAUCUGCUUGUAAUACAGAAAAUACCAGACAUCUGCGUCUCUUAUUACUGUUUCAUUUUUCUUUUUUAUUAAAAAUUAAUCUGAGUUUCAGAUCAACUAAAAAAGCGUAUUAUUGGAUUAUGAGAGUUACGAAGUUGAAAGGGAUUUGGAUGUAAUGUAUUGUCUAAAUUUCAUAUGGAAUAGUAUAAGAAGUUGUCUUGGUUAACAAAACUACUAGCUAUUAAAACUGGUUCUCUGCGAUUUUCAGAAAGAAAUAACUAAGAAGGGUUCUUCCCAACAAGAAAGUUGUGUACUGUCUAUAUUAUGAGCCUUAGAUGCGGAGAAGUUAGUCAUGAAUUGAAACUGUCAUAUGAAGAUCAGAUUGUUUGAAUUUUAAAUCUAUAUUUUAAAUCUAUAUUUUACGUCAAAUUUACAAACAAAAACGUACGCCCUCCAAUCUUCACCAGACAGUAAUGAUUGAUUGAAUUCCCUUACUGCCAGGC